GCAACCGUGACAAGUGGUGCCCGACCAGGGACCUGAACGAGGAAGGUCUGCCAGAGCAGAGAAAGUGAAACUGAUCAGACGAACUACCAACCCCUGGAGGGGAGAGUCUGCCGGCGGAGAAUAUAAGGAGAUGGACAAACCGUGUGGGUGCCCUCCAGGUGUGUGUGACCAUGGAACGGGAGACCGGAGGGAUCCGUGGUAUUCAACCGUGGGCCUGUUACCUCCAGUACGAGCCAUGAGCCAGCGGAAUCUGAAUGCAAAGACAGAACAGGGGCCGACCGGAGUCACAAUGACAUCCAACCCCAUAACAUGGGGACAGAUCAAGAAAACCACACAGGAAGCUGAGAAACUACUGGAGCGCCAGGGUCAGGCAAAAACCCCUGACUCCAUGUUCUUGGCCAUGCUAGCUGUAGUGUCCUGUGCGUCUAUAGGAUCGGGUGAACCACCAACCGGCAAUUGAAAGCUGCACAGCCUGAAAUUACCUUUAUUCAAUUAAUGCAAAAACAAAAGGGGAGAUGUUGGAGGCCAAAGGAAUGAGGGUCGUGACCAACUCAGUAUACCACUGGAGGCUCUGUGAGCAAACAGCAAACUGUUCUCAUGAAAGCAGGAUGCUGGCGAACUGACAAACUCUGUCUGCCACCAGAAGGAAUGCUGGGGGCAGUCAUGUCCCAGGUCCUGUGCUCCUUGAGGUUAUCCAUAGGAACAUCCAGAACCUGUUGAACAAAGAAAGGAAUCAUGUGGGCCUGUGUUAAAUCAAAUAGCUGACCGACAGUUAUCCCUUCCUCCCUAUUCACUCUACCUAAUAAAUACGAAGGGCUGUAAAAGCUCAGGGCCCUGUUCCCUAGAAUCAAGGAGCCCCCUGACCCCUUCUUUCAAACAGAUCCUUUUGUCUGUCUCAUUUCUGCAUUCGUCCUCCUUCGUUCGGUCCAGAAGCAACCGCGACAGUCCUGCAUGUGUUGAUGCCACCUGUAUGUGCAGGUGUGACCUCAGGUGUGUGAGUAUCCCUCAUACCCCUUAUCAUCACUGCCUAUUCGCUCUUCCUCCAGCCUCUGGCAACCACUAAUCCACGUUAUGUGUCUAGAUUUGCCUCUUCUGGACACAUCAUAUAAAUGGAGUCAUACAAUAUGUGGUUUCUUGUGUCUGGCUUUUUACCACUGAACGUUUUCAGAGUUCAUCCAUGUUGUAGCAUGUAUCAGUUUUUCAUUCCUCUUUAUGGCUGAAUAAUACUGCAUUGUAUGGAUAUACCACAGUUUGUUUACUCAUUAGAGUUGUUUCCAACUCUCUGAUAUUAUAAAUGCUACCGCUGUGAAAAUUCA